AUGGACAGGGGCAUCUGCAGUUCUCAAGCAGAAGAAAGGAAAUCUGCUGUGACAUCAUAUAACAAUAGUGUCAGCCUCCAAGGGGUCUCCUAUACUGUCAGAGAGCGUAUUGGGCCUUGGUGGGAUAUCCCGUCCUACCGUAAGAAAUGGUCGCGACAGAUUCUCAAAAAUGUCUCAUUUCACAUAGAGAGCGGCCAGAUAAUGGGGAUUUUGGGAAACUCUGGAUCUGGGAAAACAACCCUGCUGGAUGCAAUAUCAGGAAGACUGAGGCAUAAAGGAAGCUUCUUUGGUGAAGUGUAUGUGAAUGGGAGUGAGCUGAAGAAGGAUCAAUUUAAGGACUGCUUCUCUUAUGUGCCACAGAAUGAUGCCUUGUUAAGCUAUCUCACUGUACAAGAAUCUUUGACUUACACAGCUUUACUUGCACUUCAGAAGCACUCCAGUGACUUUAUCAAAAAGAAGGUAGAUGCUGCUAUGGCCGAGCUAAGUAUCAGCCAUAUUGCUCAUAGUAUAAUUGGAAGCCGUGUCUUUAGGGGAAUUUGUGGUGGUGAGAGGCGUCGUGUUUCAAUUGCAGCCCAGCUUUUACAAGAUCCCAAGGUCAUGUUACUUGAUGAACCAACUACAGGGCUGGACUGCAUGACUGCAAAUCAGAUUGUCUUGUUGCUUUCAGAACUUGCACACAAAGACAGGAUAGUGAUUAUUACAAUUCAUCAACCACGGUCAGAACUCUUUCGGUUAUUUGACAAGAUUGCUAUCAUGAGCUUUGGAGAACUGGUUUUCUGUGGGAAACCUACAGAAAUGAUCACAUUUUUUAGUGAUUGUGGCUAUGACUGUCCUGAGCACUCAAAUCCUUUUGACUUUUAUGUGGAUCUGACAUCUGUAGAUACUCGAAGCAGAGAACGUGAGCUGGAGACCUACAGUAGAGUUCAGAUCAUUGCAUCUGCCUAUAAAAAUUCAGAGAUCUUUUCCAAGACUUUAGAGGCCAUUGAAAGGAUGAAACGCACAAAAGAUAUGACUUCUAUACCCUUCAAAAGCAAAGAUUCACCCAAUGGAUUCUCCAAACUCUGGAUCCUCUUACGGAGAACAACAAGGAAUUUCUCCAAAGAUAAGAUGGGCGUCAUCAUGCGUCUCUCCCAGAAUCUGUUGCUUGGCCUGUUCAUAGCAUUUUUCCUUCUCCGACUGAAGGAUGACCCUCUGAGAGGAGCAGUGCAAGAUCGGGUGGGGCUCAUUUACCAGUCUGUGAGUGCCCCACCUUAUACAGGAAUGCUCAAUGCUGUUGCCCUAUUUCCUCCUUUACGUGCUAUCAGUGACCAAGAAAGCAAAGAUGGCUUAUACCAGAAGUGGCAGAUGCUGUUAGCAUACAUACUGCAUGUCUUGCCUUUCAGUAUCAUCAGUGUGGCAAUGUUCAGCACCUUUAUAUACUGGACUAUAGGUUUACACCCUGAUGUUUCCAGAUUUGGAUGUUUCUUUGCUGUUGUCCUAGUGCCUCAUGUAAUUGGUGAACUACUAACACUUGCUUUGCUUGGUGUGGUUCAAAACCCAAAUGGAGUCAACAGCAUGGUGGUGCUACUUAAUACAGCAGGAGUGGUAGUUGGAAGCGGGCUCAUAAGGAGCUUGGAAGAAAUGCCUACACCUUUUAAAGUGCUAAGUUAUCUCACGUUUCAGAAAUAUAGCACUGAGGUUCUUGUAGUCAACGAAUUUUAUGGAUUAAACUUCACAUGUGGUGGCUUCAAUAUUUCUACUGGAACUGGUUCAACAUGUCUUUUCUCACAAGGGAUUCAUUUUAUUGAAAAAACCUUUCCAGGUGCAAUGUCCCGGUUCACAACAAAUUUCUUAAUGUUGUAUGCCUUCCUACCAGCACUUGUCAUCACAGGAGUCAUGAGUUUUAAAAUAAGAGAUAGAAUUACCAGCAGGCAAUAAAACCAUUUGAAAUUCUAGCCUGGCUAUACAGUACUAUACUAUUAAAACCUGUAGCAUUUCACUUAUUUUUCUUGAUGUUACAUGAAAUUUACAUGCUUUUACAUUAAACUACAGAAACAUGCUU